GCUUUUAAAGUAUGCUCAGAGCGAUAGCCUCCAAGGAACCCACAGACAAGCUCAAGAGGGAGGGAGGUGUUAUUCUUUCUCCUGACAUCUAACACCACCAGAGUGUACUUGAAAGCAGAGCAGUUGUUCAAGGGGACUUUCUUAUAAGCUUUCUCCCUCCUGAUUUGUGGAUUUUUGAAGACCCUGAAAAAAUCUACUGAGGGAGACUCUUUUGGCUGGAACACUUGUUUUUGACUCCAAAAACGUGAAUAAAACUUUUUUGAAAAAUGGCUCUUCGGCAGAACUCAGAAAAGGAGGCAAGCAUCGAACUUUUCAUUAAGGCUGGACAUGAUGGUGAAAAUGUGGGGAACUGUCCCUUCUGCCAGAGGCUGUUUAUGGUGCUGUGGCUGAAAGGAGUCAAGUUUACAGUGACCACCGUUGAUAUGAGGAAGAAACCAGCCGAGCUCAAGGACUUGGCCCCUGGCACGAAUCCUCCGUUUCUCCUCUACAAUGGCACUCUCAAGACCGACUUCAUCAAAAUCGAGGAGUUUCUUGAGCAAAUGCUAGCUCCUCCCCGGUAUCCUCAUCUCAGCCCACUGAACAAAGAGUCUUUUGAUGUGGGUGCUGACAUUUUUGCAAAGUUCUCUGCCUAUAUCAAGAACAGUCCAAACAAUGCUUUGCAGGAGAAAAACCUGCUGCGGGAAUUCAAGCGACUGGAUGAUUACCUGAACUCGCCGCUUCCUGAGGAGAUCGACCACAACUCCACAGAAACCAUCACCGUCUCCAAAAGGAAGUUCCUGGAUGGCGACCGUCUCACCUUAGCUGACUGCAACCUUUUACCCAAGCUGCACGUAAUCAGGAUUGCUGCCAAGAAGUACUGCGACUUUGACAUUCCUCAGCAGUUCACUGGUGUCUGGAGAUACCUUGAACAUGCCUAUCAAAGAGACGAGUUUAAACAGACGUGUCCAGCCGACAUCGAGAUCGAGAAGGCUUACUUCAGUGUGGCCAGCAGGAGGACAUAAACUUUGCAAUCUCACUCGUUACUGUUUUGAUUGACUCAAACAUGCCCGUGUGUGCAGACGUGAUGAUCUGUGGACAGCACUACUACCAUGACAAUGAACUGUGAGGAUAAGACACCCUACAAAGCCUUGAUCUGAUAACAUACUUUAAUAUUGUGUUUUAUUGGUUGUCUGCAUUCACUGACAAUCUAUAGUUACUCAGAGGCAAAAAAAGACCAAAUGUGCAAUUGACUAUGGAUUAUGACUUUUCAGAACGUUUGUUUUAAGUGUAAAUAGUGAUAUUUUUCCAGGCUUUUUACAAUCAUACAUCAAGAUGAAAUAUAAGUGAUUGUGUUAUUCUGAGGAGCAGCUGCAGAAACAGUUUGUUUUUAUGCAAAUUAUAUAAAAUCUUUACUCUUUGUCCAAGUAGAGUUUGAUUUGGUGAAUUUGCCUCACUAACACACUAAUAAAAAUUGUCACACUCA